UCCAAUGCUGCUCAACGCGGUGAAGCACAUUUAGCUCAUAAGGCAAUGACAUCUUUCGAAUUUGUGUUUAUUUUACAUCUCAUGAAAGAAAUAACGGAGGUGAGCUGCAUUCUUUGUCAACAUUUGCAAUGUAAAUCUCAAGAUAUUCUUAAUGCUAUGCAUCUUGUGGCAUCAACAAAAUCACUUAUUCAAAAGCUUAGAGAUGAAGGAUGGGAUUCUCUUUUUGAGAAAGUAAAGUUAUUUUGUGCAAAGCAUGACAUAGAAGUUCCAAUUAUGUCAGCUCCUUAUGUGGGAAGAGGAGGUCGUGCUCGCCUUCAACGAGAUCACAUUACACUUGAGCAUCACUAUCGAGUUGAUAUUUUUAAUGGUGCAAUAGAUUGUCAAUUGCAAGAAUUGAAUACAAGAUUUAGUGACAAUAUGAUAGAGUUACUUACUCUAAGUUGUGCUUUGGAUCCUAAAGAUGGUUGCAAAUCUUUUAAUAUUGAUGAUAUUUGUAAUCUUGCAAAAAGGUAUUAUCCUCAAGAUUUUACAGAAUUUGAAAGAGAAGGGUUGAGAAUAGAGCUUCGUCAUUAUGAAUUUGAAAUUUCGCGACAUUCCGACUUGCAAAAAUUGGCAACUAUUUAUGAGUUAUGUCAAUGUUUCAACUGCAACUACUGAACGAGCAUUUUCUGCUAUGAA